AUGUGUCUAGACUUGUGGGCCGUUCUGAAACGGAGGAAGAAACCGUCGUAUAACCAUGACAGGAAAUUAGGAUACAGAGAUGACCAAGAAGUGUCUACGAAAUUUAUCUUUGCGGAGCAUUGCCUGCAGGGAAACGCUAUUCACCUGAAGGUUGGGGUUGAGACUGAAAUACCCGCCAGCAACCUUCCACUGAAACUUCCCAACGGGCUAUCGUUGACAUAUGGCGAAAUACUUGGCCUGGCUGGCGAUCUUUAUGGGACAGAUCAGCCCAUAAGUGAUGGCGUUACUCAGAAUGAGCGACAUAACCGAUUCCUGAAAGCGUUCGAUACGCUAGCAAAUGAUACCAAAUACGCUCCGGAAGAGGCCCCGAAACUUCUCGAGAUACUUCAUGAUGAGAUGGAAGAAAUCAAAAAGGCUAUACGGGAUGGAAAAUCGGCAUCAGAGGUCCACAAUCGACUGAAAGUCGCUUUGGGGAAGAACCUUGGAUUCGCAACUCUGUUUCGGCCAAGCGGUAUUCCAUCGUUCCUAGGCCUUGCUCUGAUCAACUAUGACCAUUUUGGUACAGAUGCAGAGAUAGCGUAUAAUACUGGUCAUAAUGCUGCUAUCCAAUAUGCUUUGCGUACAGAUAGUGACUUGGCCGUAGCAUAUGCAAUGAACGCCUUUGCAGACCAUUUUCUACACGACCAUUUCUCUGCUGGUCAUCUACGUGUUCCCCGCCGCCAACUCCAUGGCAGUACUUUGAAUUCUGGAGACGCUUGUUCCAAGCUUAUGCACGACGAAGAUAGCUGUCUUGGGUUGAAGGUCAGCAAUCCGAAUGGGGAUUCGUGGACAGCCUAUGGCGACUCACGUUUAUUUGAUGACGUGAGUAAGCGUCACCGAGAGAUAUUCAUAAAAGCCCAACAAGCAUCGGCCGACGAAGUAUUCCAGGCCUGGCGAUAUAAGAUUAUACCGCCGACGUUUGAAGCAUGGAAAUAUGCGCCUACUAUUGAAUCUGCCUUGUCAGCUGAUCAGCCCCUAGCUCCAUUGUUUGUUUUAUCUACUGGGGAAGACAAGAAACCAGUACUUCUGAGAAGACGAAAUGUCAGUGACAGGAAAAGUAAAGAUUAUAUUUCUGACUGGACAUAUACUGGAACCGUGAUAAAGUGCAGAUGGAGUGGGCGAUGGAACUACCCCAUGACCCUUGAAGAAUAA